AGCAAGAAGAGAGAAGAAAAUGAUUCGUCUUCGUCAGCGUCUUUGUCACCUUUACUUUAUAGUCUUCACCAUGAAGUCUUCUGCUCUCUUUUUAUAUCUCACAACCUCUUUCUCUCUCUCUCUCGUUCACAGUCCAUAUCGAGCCCGAACCUUGUUGAUCAGGUGUGGUUUUAAAGAGAUGUUGUGAAGAUCAAGAAAUAUAGAAAUGGGAAUUAUCCAGAGCAGCAGUAGCAGAGGAAACAAUGAAGGUGAAAAAACCCCAAGAAGCAUUUUUUUCAUCUACAACGCUUUAAGGCUCCUAUGGCGGAAAUUUUGUCCCGUAUUCGGUCAUGCUAAGCCAUUGCUCCCGCUCCAGAAUCCGGCAUCAAGCACAACCGCCGAACCCUUACUUGUUGCUGAAACCCCUCACAUUUCUCCACCAACUAGUGAAUUUUAUGAUAAAGGUCUGAAGUGUGAUAGUGAUGAUUUGUGGCAGUCUGAAAGAGACGGUGAAGAUCGUGUGGUAGUGUGCGUACACCAGUUCUCAAACUCGGCUGUUUCUGUGAAAGAAAAUGUUUCAAGAAAUGGCAUUGCUCUGACCAACAACUCAUCAGAAGAAGAAGAAGAAGAUGAUGUUGUAGUAGUUGUUGAGAAGAUAAAGAGAGCUAUUAGUGUGGUGCUGGAAGAGAGGUGGAUUAAGCACUACAGCAGCGGGCAUCGAAUACUGUUGGUCGGAGAGGGGAAUUUCUCCUUCUCCGCUUGUCUCGCGCUGGAGUUUCGCAGCGCUCCCAACAUCAUUGCAACAUCUCUAGAUUCCCAAGCAUUUCUGAAGAAGCAUUAUAACAAGAGUAUAGACAACAUUGAGGAACUAAAGAGGAGAGGAAGCAAGGUGAUGCAUGGGAUCAAUGCCACUACAAUGGCUAAGCAUCAACUGCUCGGAGACCUUAGGUUCGAUCGCAUCGUUUUCAACUUUCCCUACGUUGGGCUGAAUACUAUCAAGAAAUUGCCGCGUCAAUCUCAACUUGCACUUCACCAGGAACUUGUGAGGCAGUUCCUGGAGAACGCAAGACAGAUGAUAGGAGAAAAUGGGGAGAUUCACAUAACACACAAGACCAACAGUUUCCACAGAGAAUGGGGGCUCGUGUCGCUUGGUCGCGGCUGUGGACUCAGGCUCAAGGAGGCCACCAACUUCAACCUUGUGGAUUAUCCAGGCUACAACACCAAGUGUGGAUUUGGGGGUAAUGGAGACUUCAAUUGCUACCCCAGCAAAACUUACAAAUUCCAACUCUAAUAUGUGUAUAUUUUCUUGCUUGUACGUGUACGUGUACGUGUAAAUAUAUGAAUUUCCAAACGAACCCCAUAUUAUGCUACUGCUUAUUUCAAUCCACAUCAAAUAUAAUACCAAUAUGUUUCUUGUUAA